ACAUUCCUCGUGGACUCAACAAAAGCGCGGACGUGGCCUUACCAGAAGUGGAGAACCUAACUGUCACCGCCAUCGCCGAUGAUUACUUCACGCUGUCUUGGAAACCACCACUGGGCUCCUUUCACAGCUACGUUGUUCAAGUCGUUCUAGAAAAUAUUGACGAGAUCAAUGAUACUAAACCCAAAGAGCAGACCGUCGGGUCGUGCCUGCCAGUGAACUUUAUGAACGAGGACCAGACUAGUAUUACCUGCAACAACGUCUCGGCUUGCAGCAACGUGACUGUGACCGUGCACACGCAGAACAAUGAAACGCGUCCACGCAAGUCGCCGGGGGUUUCAGUACCUGUGUUUCUUCAUGGCGGAGCCCCUGAUGAAUUCAGCAUUCAUCGACUCUAUUAUGACUUCACAUCAGUGGGUAUCUUGAUCGACGCGUCAAACGUAAGUAGCUGCCAACUAGGUGCAUGCUACGUGCAGCUACAAGACGCAGCAUCAAGAGGGGAAAAACUGCAGUGCGUUGCAGCCUCUAAAACUCAACGUCUUGUCUAUCUGAGAGGCCUCCAAACCGGAAAGCCUUACAAAUACAGAGUGUCUUUGCAAAACCCGUAUAACUUGAAGGAAGCCACGAGAGACGUCAUAGUGAUAGCUCAAUCCUUUACAUGA